CUUCGCUUGGCUUUGGUAGUUUCUCACGCAGGCUACUCGCACACAGCCUCCCUCAACGUUGCGCUUGCGCGAAGGACACUCCAGCCUCGCGCGCCGCCACUCCCUGCUCUUUUUUGCUGCUCAAAGCGGCAAAACACAGCGUAACGCCAGCGCGCCCAAAAGCUCCCUGUCUAUUGCGCCGGCGGGGAUAACUCCAGCUCGACGUCCUCAAAAGCGCAUCCAACAUGCCUCCGAAGAAGCCCGCCGCCAAAAGCCCGGCCAAGCCGAGGGCCAAAAGCCCGGCCCGCGCCGCCAAGAAACCGGCCGCCAAGAGCCCCGCGAAGCCCGCAGCCAAGUCGCCGGCGAAGCCGCGCGCGAAGAGCCCGGCGAAGCCGCGGGCCAAGUCGCCGGCACCCAAGCCGAGGAUCAAUAAUACGGCAGACGACCACCAUGCCCGCGCCAUGGCGGACGACCUCGCGGCGAUCCGCGCCGCCUACGCCAAGGAGCAGGGCCUGCCGCCGCCCAAGUCGUAUCAGAUCUGGACGGUGCUCAACGUGUUGGCCUGGAUUGGGUGGUCUGCAGUGUUAGCGUCGGCGGCCUACAACGAGAAGCUCGUCCUGAUUCUGGAGCUCAUGUGCUGCGCGGAAGUCUUGAGGAUGAUAAAAGGUGAACUAAAAGGCAACGUCAAGAUGGGUUUGGUGUUGCACGCCACGCGCCUGAUUGUGUACCACCAAGUAUUACCCUUCGCCUACACGCGUGUGAUUCUGCAGGCCUGGUCCGCGACGGAGCUGGCCCGGUACCCGUACUACGUCGUUCCAAACGCCUAUACGUUGGCUAUGCGGAGCUUCGUGCCGCUGAUCACGUUCCCGCUCGGCGUCGCGGCGGAGACGAUGGGCCUGUGGGGGCGGCUGCAGGCCGCGGACUCGCUGCUCGUCAAAGGGGUGUGUGCUUUGCCGCUCGUGAACGUCGUGCUCGCGCCGAUCGGCUACCGGUCGCUCCUGAAGAAGGCCGUGCGCGCGUGGGACGGGCUCACGAAGGAGGACUGAGGUUGUUGGUGGCUUUGGGAGUAAGGCGAAGUAUGGAGUAGAC